CUUCCGGUCCGACGGCCCUGACAAUUGGCUUGUGGUCUUUCUUAAAGGUGCGGAGGUGAAUGCAGUUUCUCCGGUUCCUACCCGCGCUGUCCCGCACUCACCGGAUCACUGGGGUUUGGCAGCUGGGUCACAGGGCAAGACUUCCGGGCGGGGCUCUCAGCCCUUGCCAUGGAGGAAGGUGGUCCCCGCAUCCGCCGGCGGGUGUCUGUUCGCAAAAGGAGCCGUCCUAGCAUAGGGAACAAUUUUGCCGCCGCCACCGCGGCCGAGCUCAAGCCCAGUGAUGAGAAGGACCAAGAGGAGGAGGAGGAGGAGAAGGAGGCUGGCAGCCGGCGGCGGCGAACCGCGGAUGUGCGACCGGCCGAGAAUAAUGACAGUGAAGAGGACAUGUUUGGUGACUAUGAUAGCUUUGCUGAAAACUCUUUUUUAGCUCAAGUUGAUGACCUGGAACAAAAAUAUAUACAACUUGCUGAACGUAGAAAACAUGAUACAGACCUUGCCACUGAAGAUCUUUGUUCAGAGCGCAUCAGACAUACCGAACUCAGCAUUACUGCUGUAGACAGCUUGACUGAAUUAAAAACAGAUGAGCACACAAAGAACCCAAGUGGGCAUGAUGAUGUCUGUAUUGAACCUGGAGCUGAUCUUUUUUUUGAUGUGCCUUCUUCACAGGUUUUAUACUUUGAAAAUUUGCAGAACUCUUCAAAUGAUUUAGGCGAUCUCUCUUCUAAAGAGAAAGAUUGGAGCUCCUUCUCUCACAAGACUGUUAGUGAGAAAUUGCUCCAUAAUAGCAUAGAACAACCUCAGCAAGCGGAUGAUUCUGCCUCUAAGGUCAGAACUAGUUCAGAUGUGAAUAGGAGAAAAAGUCUUAAAGAUCAAAUAAAAAGUGCCAUGACUGGAAAUGCCAAGGCCCAAACACCAAUAUUUUCUAGGACUAAACAACUCAAAGAAACUCUCCUAUCUGAAGAAAUUAAUGUUGCUAAGAAGACAAUUGAGUCAUCAUCAGAUGACCUUGGUCCUUUUUAUUCCUUACCCAGCAAAGUGAGAGACCUUUAUGUUCAGCUCAAGGGAAUUGAAAAAUUAUAUGAAUGGCAACAUACUUGCUUAACAUUGAAUUCUGUGCAAGAAAGAAAAAAUUUAAUAUAUUCCUUGCCAACAAGUGGUGGAAAAACCCUCGUGGCUGAGAUUUUAAUGCUACAAGAAUUGCUUUGCCGGCAGAAAGAUGUCUUACUGAUCCUACCAUAUGUGGCAAUUGUCCAAGAAAAGAUUUCAGGUUUGUCAAGUUUUGGUGUAGAACUGGGUUUCUUUGUUGAAGAAUAUGCUGGAAGCAAAGGAAAAUUUCCUCCAAUUAAAAGAAGGGAAAAGAAAUCACUUUAUAUUGCCACUAUUGAAAAAGGACAUAGUCUGGUGAACUCCUUGAUUGAAACUGAAAGGAUUAGCAGUCUGGGUCUGGUUGUGGUAGAUGAGCUGCACAUGAUUGGUGAAGGAAGCCGUGGGGCUGUACUGGAAAUGACCCUAGCAAAAAUUCUCUACACUAGCAAAACAACUCAAAUUAUUGGUAUGAGUGCAACAUUGAACAAUAUUGAAGAUCUACAAGAGUUCCUUCAAGCAGAAUAUUAUACCAGUCAAUUUAGACCAGUUGAAUUAAAAGAAUAUCUGAAAAUAAACAGUUCAAUAUAUGAAGUUGACAGCAAAGCUGAGAAUGGCAUGACUUUUUCACGGCUGCUCAAUUUUAAGUAUUCUGACACUCUGAAAAAGAUGGAUCCCGAUCAUUUGGUAGCAUUGGUGACAGAAGUUAUUCCCAGUUAUUCCUGCUUAGUUUUUUGUCCCACUAAGAAGAACUGUGAAAACGUUGCAGAAAUGAUAUGCAAAUUUUUAAGCAAGGACUAUCUGAAACACAGGGAGGAAGAAAAACUUGAGUUGAUUAAGAAUUUGAAGAAUAUCAGCAGUGGCAAUCUGUGUCCUAUUUUAAAGCACACUGUCCCAUUUGGAGUUGCUUAUCACCAUAGUGGUUUAACAAGUGAUGAAAGGAAGCUCCUGGAGGAAGCCUAUUCCACGGGAGUUCUCUGCCUUUUCACCUGCACAUCCACCCUAGCAGCAGGUGUUAACCUACCAGCACGAAGAGUUAUUUUAAGAGCCCCCUAUGUUGGUAAGGACUUUGUAAAGAGGAAUCAAUAUAAACAGAUGAUUGGCAGAGCUGGCCGUGCUGGAAUAGAUUCUGCUGGGGAGAGUAUCCUUAUAUUGCAAGAAAAAGACAAGAAACAGGUAUUGGAGUUCAUAAGCAGACCCUUAGAAAACUGUUACAGUCAUCUUAUUCAAGAACUUACCAAGGGAAUUCAAACUUUAUUUCUCUCUUUGAUUGGUUUGAAGAUUACAACAAAUAUUGGUGACAUAUAUCACUUCAUGAAUGGUACGUUUUUUGGUGUUCAGCAAAAGAUUUUGUUGAAAGAAAAAAGUCUCUGGGAAAUAAUUAUUGACUCCCUUAGAUACCUGACAGAAAAAGGACUCCUACAAAAAGAUGCUUUUGUAAUGGAAAAGGAUCUUCUACAGAAAGACACUAUUUAUAAGUCUGAAGAAGAGUUCCAAUGUACUUUUCGUAUUACAAAGUUGGGACGAGCUUCUUUUAAGGGAACUAUAGAUCUGGCUUAUUGUGACAUUCUCUACAGAGACUUGAAGAAAGGUCUUGAGGGACUUGUGCUUGAAAGCUUUCUUCAUCUGAUUUACUUAACAACUCCCUAUGAAAUGGCUUCUCACUGUCACCCUGAUUGGAUGAUAUACUUCAGGCAGUUUAACCAGCUCAGUCCAGCAGAACAAAAUGUAGUUUCUCUUCUCGGAGUCUCUGAAAACUUUAUCGGGAAGAAAGCAUCAGGUCAAGCUAUCAAGAAGAAGGUGGACAAAGAUAUCGUCAACAGACUAUACCUGUCUUUUGUUCUUUAUACCUUGCUCAAAGAGACCAACAUUUGGAGUGUGUCUGAAAAAUUUAAUAUGCCUCGAGGAUAUAUCCAGAAUCUUCUCACUGGCGCUGCUGCAUUUGCAUCUUGUGUGCUUCAUUUCUGUGAGAACUAUAAGGACUUUAGUCUUACAGAAUUGUCCAGGUAAAAGAAUCUGUAAGUUGAACUUGGAAGACUACUGUAAUUUGAUGAUGGAUCCUAGGAACAAAUCUACCUGACAACUUAUGCCCUCAUGAAUGUAUUUUCAAUAUUUUAAGGUGUUUUUUCUUUUUAAAAAGCUAUAUAAGUGGUAUACCAGUUGUAUUAGUUAAGGUGCCUUUAACUACAGUUAAUAAGAAAACUCCAUAGAAGUUAAACAAUAAGGAAAAAGAUUAUCUUGUGUGAGAGAAAAGCUAGAGCUAAGGCAAUUCCAGGGUGGUUGAUUCCCUAGUUCUGCUCAAGGUUUUCUUCUCUUCUUUUUAACUCCGCCACCUUUAAUACAUUGUACUUUCCCAGUGGUCACAAAAAUGACCAGCUAAUGCCAUUCCAUACCUCACAUACUCUAACAGUGACACCCAAAGGUUAGAAAGGGAUGUUUAAAAAAAAAAAACUGCUCUUAUAGAAAUUUUCAAACAUGUUCAAAUGAAGACAAAAUAAUGUAACUAAUACCCAUUUACCCACCCAGCUUUAACAGUUUCUGACUCAUGGUUUCCAUAUUUUUAUUGUUUUAAAUAUUGCUGCACUGAGCAUCAUCAUGUAUUUGAAUCCUUCCGUUUUAGUAUUUUGUUUUCAGGAUAAAUUCCCAGAGGGAAGAAUUGCUUUCAGUCAUUUAGGAAAGAAAAACUAUGCAUUCAUUUGGUGGUGUUUGAUAAAAGUGAAUAGAACUCUU